GCUUCACGAAGCUUCUCUUGCCUUGGCAUUAGAACAUACCAGCUACGAUCAGAUUUGCUUUCUAGAUCCAUGAAACUUUCAGCCUCUGCACAAUUUGAAACAAUUUCGAGAAGAGCUGGUCAGUGGAACAAAUUUACCCAUGGCAGCAUACAGAUUUCUCACUAUUAACUGGAAGGAAUCAAGAUGAGAUCAGAAUCAGAUCUGUAGAGAAGGCAUAUUACCAGAGAAGUAUCUGUUCAGAGCUUCCCAUUCUUCAAAUCAUUAUGUAUAUGGUAGCUUCAUUACUGCAAACCGGUUGAGUGCAAACAUGUACCUGCAUAAUAUUUCUACUACAAUGACCUUCAGACACAAAAACACAAGACGAAUUGAAGGCCUUGAUAGCAAUGUGUGGGUUGAAUUUACAAAGGUGGCAGCAGAUCCCUCAAUUGUUAAUCUUGGUCAAGGCCUUCCUGAUAUAUCCCCUCCCAGCUAUGUUAAAGAAGAGCUGGCAAAAGCAGCAUCAGUUGACAGAUUGAACCAGUACACACGAGGCUUUGGACAUCCCUCGCUGGUGAAAGCCUUGUCUCAAGUGUACGAGAGAGUUUGUGGAAGGAAGAUUGAUCCUUUCACAGAUGUCCUGGUGACCGUGGGAGCUUAUGGAUCUCUCUUUAGUACAAUACAGGCAUUCAUUGAAGAGGGAGAUGAAGUAAUAAUAAUAGAGCCAUUUUAUGACUGUUAUGAACCAAUGGUAAAGAUGGCGGGUGCAAAGCCUGUUUUUAUCCCACUGAGAUAUAAGAGUGAUGGAAGCUCUGCAUCUAGUGCUGAUUGGGUCUUAGAUCCUGCUGAACUUGCAAAUAAAUUUAAUUCCAGAACAAAAGCAAUUAUUCUGAAUACCCCACACAACCCUACAGGCAAGGUGUUUACCAGAGAAGAGCUCCAAGUAGUAGCUGAUCUCUGUAUUAAACAUGAUACCCUGUGCAUCAGUGAUGAAGUGUAUGAAUGGCUGGUGUAUAAAGGAAAUAAACACAUUAAAAUAGCUACGUUGCCAGGUAUGUGGGAAAGAACAAUAACUAUAGGAAGUGCUGGAAAAACAUACAGUGUAACUGGCUGGAAGCUUGGUUGGUCUAUUGGCCCCGAGAACCUGAUUAAGCAUUUGCAAGUUGUUCACCAAAAUACACUGUAUACUUGCCCAACUCCAUUACAGGAGGCUUUGGCACAAGCAUUUUGGAUAGACUAUAAGCGCAUGGAUGACCCAGACUGCUAUUUUUACUUACUGUCUCAAGAGCUGGAGCGCAAGCGUGAUCGGAUGGCUCAGCUACUUCAAGAAGUUGGACUAAAUCCUGUCGUUCCAAGUGGAGGAUACUUUAUGAUUGUUGAUGUUUCUACAUUAAAUGUGGAUCUCUCUGAAGUAGAUGCAAACCAACCUUAUGAUUAUAAAUUUGUCAAAUGGAUGAUAGCAUCUAAGAAGCUGUCAGCAAUUCCUCUUUCAGCAUUCUGUGGUCCUGAGACAAAAAGGCAGUUUGAAAAAUAUAUACGUUUUUGCUUCAUUAAGAAAGACAGCACACUAGAUGCAGCUGAAGUGAUCCUGAAGAACUGGAAUAAACAGGCAGCCUGAUUGUUGUUAUUAACUCUUCCAUCCAGUAUAAUUAUCUAUUAGUAGGGGUUUUUUAACUGCAAAUUUAAGAACAAAUUACUUAAUACAAUAUAGAAUUAAGAUGACAUUGUAACUAACUUUGUGCUGCCACCUGCUGAGGUUAAAACAAUGAUUUACUGAAAUAUGUGUAAUGCAACUCAGAGGUUAUUUUCAGUCUUUUCAAAAUAAUUUACUUUUUUCCUAAAAAAAAAAAAAAAAUCUACGGGAGUCAUUUCUUUCAGUAAAAGACAAAAAAAUGCAGGACUCUGUAAAAUAAACAGAUGAUGUAGGUACUUUAAAACUUACAAUAAGGAAGUGGGAGCUGGUUUUGGUAUGAGAUAAUAUAGGCACUAAGGAUAAGACUUAAACAUCAUGGUUUGGGAAACCCAGUAGCCUGUAGUGGAGGAAAAUUCAAAUAUGCCUCAUGUUAGAUAAUUGCAGUGACUUUCUGCAUACAUACCUACCUACCCUGUCCAUCCACAAAUUGCAUCAGUUUAAAUAAAGUGAUCGAGGGAAAUCAAUACAGUGUUUAUACUAUAGGCAAGAUUGAAAAGUGCUAAAUUGCAUAAUUACUAUUUUUUUUUCCCCCACAACAGUCACGUGUGCUGUUCUGAAAGUAUUCAGUCCUCAAUAAAAUUAUAAAAGUGGCAUCUAGAAUAGGAGUUCUAGUUACACAUGUCUAUCUGUGUAUUUUUUUUAUUACAUGGAUGAAUGUACAAAGCAAAAUAGAAGACUUUGCUUUAGAGGCUCCUUCACAAUCAGUUGUACAGUGACAUAAUUAAUCCUGUCAUCCUUUUUCUUACCAUGUUCACAAUAUUGGUAACUUCACACAAAACUUAUUUCAAACUCUUUAGAUCUAGGGGGACUGUGGAGAUGGGCCUAAUACAGUGCUACUGAGCCCAACUAACUUUAUUUCAAGCUCAUCUGGUAAAGGACUGUUUCAAGAGAUCAGUAUGGAGAAUUCCUUUCUAGUUCCCUCCUAUUUCACUUCUCUCUGUGACCUGUUAAUCUAUAGAUGGCUUUCCCACUAUCAGAAGAAACCCAGGUAGGUAACUUUUCCAGGCUGUGUGUUAUGUUCUCCAUGUUGUUUCUAUAUUCUUCCCACAGGCAUUAUGGUUGAAAGCCUGAAAAAAAUCAGUAACUCGUUUUGCAAAGGUUUUACUCAUUCUGUGAUCACACAGCUGGAAUCCUAACUGAAUUCCAUCAGACUGUGACCAUAGCUAGGGCCUAAAAAAGUAAGUAUAGGGACUGGACUGUGAGAACAGCUGCUAGGCUUUUUCAUUAGUAUCUCUUGGUCUUGGGUUUUGGGCAGUCCAGGAGCUGGGACUUCUGUAGUCUUUGUCCCUGUCUGGCACUGCCAUUUCUUGAAUCUCACCAGAAUAUGGUUGGCUGGUAUUUUUAAGGAGGUGUGUAGUCUUUGUGUAGAAAAAUCAGUUCAGUAAUUAAAAUGACCUAACUGAAAUUUCAUCAUUAAUUUAAUGUGGAAAUUCCUACAUUAAAUUCCUGGAGGAACUAUUUACUUAAGAUACUAGAUUUCUGUGAAAUCUACACUAUUUUACAAGGAGUUUAAGAUCUGUUUAUGUAAGUUGCAGUGGGGAGCUGCGCUAUUGCAGGAACUAAGAGGGCAGUGCAACAGGCUGUUGAGCUGCAUGAUAAUUUGGGAAAGGGAGAUGUGAAAUAGUCUGCUUCUUUAAUUGAAAAGUAAAUUUUUCUAAAAUUAAGCAAAUUUUUAUAGCAUAAAUAUGUGGUAAAAA